AUGGCGGCCGCGGGCUUGGUGGCUGUGGUAGCGGCUGCGGAGUACUCUGGCCCAGUGGCGUCCGGUAGAAACCUCUCCGGUGCUAACUGUGGACCGAGCCCUGGGUUGGGCCCUGGUCCUGGCCCGGGCUCUUGGAGCCGCUCGGUCGACCGAGCCCUGGAAGAGGCGGCGGUCACCGGGGUGCUGAGCCUGAGCGGCCGGAAACUGAGGGAGUUUCCCCGGGGAGCGGCCAACCAUGACCUGACGGACACCACCCGGGCCGACCUGUCACGAAAUCGCCUCUCAGAAAUCCCUAUGGAAGCAUGUCAUUUUGUUUCUCUGGAAAGUCUUAACCUAUACCAGAAUUGUAUUCGGUACAUCCCAGAGGCUGUUCUAAACUUACAAGCUCUGACAUUCCUAAAUAUUAGUCGGAACCAACUGUCAACAUUGCCAGUCCACUUGUGUAACUUACCGCUGAAAGUCUUAAUCGCUAGCAAUAACAAGUUGGUCUCGCUUCCUGAAGAAAUUGGGCAUCUCAGACAUUUGACGGAACUUGAUGUGAGUUGCAAUGAGAUUCAAACUGUACCUUCCCAAAUUGGUAAUCUGGAAGCCUUGAGAGACUUUAACGUAAGGAGAAAUCAUCUUCUGCGCUUGCCUGAAGAGUUGGCAGAGGUGCCUUUGAUACGACUCGACUUCUCGUGCAAUAAAAUCACAGUGAUCCCUGUUUGUUACCGGAACCUCCGGCACCUCCAGGUGAUAACCUUGGAUAACAACCCGCUUCAGUCGCCUCCUGCACAGAUAUGUAUAAAAGGCAAAAUUCACAUAUUUAAAUACCUGAACAUACAAGCUUGUAAGAUCGCUCCAGAUCUGCCAGAUUAUGAACGGAGACCCUUGGGAUUUGGCUCCUGCCAUGAAGAACUGUACUCAGGCCGUCCUUACGGAGCCCUUGAUUCAGGCUUCAACAGUGUGGAUAGUGGUGAUAAGAGAUGGUCAGGGAAUGAGCCUACAGACGAAUUUUCGGAUCUGCCUCUUCGAGUGGCGGAGAUUACUAAAGAGCAGAGACUACGGAGAGAAAGCCAGUACCAGGAGAGUCGAAGCAGUGUGGUCACAAAUGGUGGAGUGGAGCAUGAUCUGGAUCAGAUUGACUACAUUGACAGCUGUACUACAGAAGAAGAAGAAAAUGAUGUGAAACAGCCCAAAAGCCUGGACACAAACAGUCUCAGCUCACAGUUUAUGGCGUAUAUUGAACAACGGAGAAUCUCGCAGGAGGGUUCACCAGUAAAGCCAGUAGCCAUUAGAGAGUUUCAAAAAACAGAAGACAUGAAGAGAUACUCACAUCAAAACAGGGUUCCAGUUGAGCCAUCAUUGGUGUUAUCAAUGCCACCAAGUCAUAAUCAGCUUUUACAUUCAGACUUGGAGCUUCAUCAGAGGAGAGAGCAGUCUAUUGAGUGCACGCGGAGAGAGGCACAGCUUGCUGCCCUGCAGUACGAGGAGGAGAAAACAAGAACCAAGCAGAUUCAGAGAGAUGCUGUCCUAGACUUUGUCAAACAAAAGGCAUCACAAAAUCCACAGAAACAACAGCCCCCUGGAAAUGGUGAGUGUCCUUUCCCAUCCAGAAGGUCUCAGCACACUGAUGAUAGUGCCUUGCUAGUGUCGCUGUCAGGGUUGGAUGGAGUGAGCUGUGUGGCUACCCGGCCUCGUUCUUCUGCCUUCACACCUCUUAAGAGCGAUGACAGAGUUGAUGUCACCUCAAGCUUUCCUAUGACAGAGACAGUCCAUCAUCCCCCUGCAUAUUCUUUUCCUGCUGCUACCCAGAGAAAUCAGCCCCAGCGCCCCGAAAGCUUCCUUUUCCGAGCUGCUGUCAGGGCAGAAGCUCAUAAAGGUCGUUCGUCCCCGCUUCUCCUGCCCUCUGCACCCGCAGCUGAUACUACAGAUUCCGUAACAAGGCAGAGGGAAGAAGAGCUGAGAUUAGUAGACCAGCUACGGAAACACAUUGAGUACCGGUUGAAAGUUUCUUUACCCUGUGAUCUUGGAGCAGCUCUAACUGACGGUGUGGUACUUUGCCACUUGGCCAAUCACGUUCGGCCUCGAUCUGUCCCAAGCAUUCAUGUCCCAUCUCCAGCCGUGCCUAAGUUAACAAUGGCAAAGUGCAGGCGGAAUGUGGAGAACUUCCUGGAUGCUUGCAGAAAAAUCGGUGUACCUCAGGAGCAGUUAUGUCUGCCUCUGCACAUUUUAGAAGAGAAGGGGUUGGGCCAGGUUGCAGUGACAGUCCAGGCCCUCCUGGAGCUCGCCCCACCCAAGCCACAGCCACAGCCACAGCUCUCUGCAGUCUGAGGACUCCCGGGGCCCUGCAUGCUGGCACAGCCAAGACAAGGAGCAGGAGGACUUGAUUGCUGGCUCUGCCUGCUCAGAGGAGCCCUGUGUGUUCCUAGAAGCACUGUCUUCAUGAUUCCUGCCAGGAAUAUUCCAUUUCUCCAUUUUAGGGGAGAUUAAACCCAUUUCCACUAUUUUUUGUUUUUAAUGAAGACACAGUUUUUUUAAAGUGGAACUUUCAUUACUGAGGACCCAUCAUGGAAGAGUAAGCUGGCUGUGCUUUUUUCGUGCGUAGCAGGAUCAUUUCCCACGCCAGAGCCAGUAUUUUCAUAGCUGGAUAUUGAGUUCUCUCAGAGGACAGACAUAUUAUUAUUAUCUCUGCCAGUUCCCAGGUAUCUACAGCUCAAUGGUUUCCACAACUGGACUUCAUUCUCUGGAGCAUUUGUGAAAUCGAGAUUUGCAUCAAAGGUUUAGACGUGGCCUGGGAACCUGCAUUUUCAGCAGACAUUGUGUUUCUCAGGCAGUGGAGACCACUGUUGAAUGCACAUAGUUAUGUGGUUUGAAGGUACCACCCCUACUGCAUUUUUCAAUCACAUUCAAAUCAAAGGCUAUGAUGAUGACUUGGCCUUCUCUGUCAAAGAGAGCAAAACCAUAGAGAAGCCCUAGGUUCUGCACAGUAGAACUGGUAUCUAAGGCCACUACCCAGGCCCCUCCCCAGGCUUGCCCACUUCACCCCAUCUUUUUCUAGAGGGCGGUUCCAUGCUCACCCUGCUGUUUCCUGAACAGACACACUCCACACACAGUUGUAAGCUAUAAAGUGUGGCAUGUCCUACCCAGCAUUGCCUUCGCCUCGGUGAGCCUGCCUGCUGAUCCCAGGCUCUUGGACCAGGCACAGCAGACUCAGUUCCCCGCUCCUGGGACUGAACACAAAGCUGAAAGGACUGAAGGAAAGACAUUUCUUACAAUCCAUGUAGGUGACAGCCCGUUUCCAUAGCUACAAGAAAGCACUGAGAGCAGCUUCCGGUCCCUCCUGUGCCCUCCCUGAGAUCCUCUACUGUGAGCAGAGAACAAAAAGGCCAAGGACUCUGGCACAGUGCAGGAGUCUUUAUUUAAAUUUAAGCACAAAGGCUUCUCUUCCUUACAUUUUGGACUCUUUAGUUGUUAGUUGUGUCUUUGGUGUUUGCUGCAGUUAGAACCCAAGUACAGUAAUUACAUAAAGCUGUUUGUUUUAUAGGGUUUUCCCUAUAGUUAACUUUUGUGGGUUUCUUCCCAAGGCUUGCACUUCAGAACAGUAUCACCCUGUGCAGCAUCUAAAAGUGACUUUGAGUCUGGACCAGGGGGUUCCAUCACCAGCAUCACCUAAAAAAAGGUUUAGAGAGGCACAUGGUCUGUGAUUCCAGACAUCCCAGAAGUGGAAGCUGGAGGAUUAGGAUUUGGAGCCCACACUAGGCAAUAGCCAGCCACAGCCCGCUGGGCUGUAUUAGACUGUGCUGGAGAGCUGGCUCAGUAGGUAAGAACAUUUGCUGCUCUAGCAGGUCAGGGUUCAAUUUUCAGCACCCACAAGUCAGUUCACAACUGCUUGUAACUCCAAGGGUCCAGUGUAUUGUACGGGCUUCUGCAGGUACCAGGCCCACACAUAGUAUGAAGGUAAAACACUGAUAUACAUAAAAAUGAAUAUUAAAAAUACAUAUUCUUCUUCUGAAAGUGACUUUGAACAAAAUCAUUUUGAAUAUCUAGUCAAAAUAAUGUUUUCUCCUUGUUUGUGCAGAGAAGUAUUUAUUAGAAUGCUGCCACUUUUAUUCAAGUUUCAAAGCAGCAGCCAGGCAUGGGCUCAUGCCCGUAACUCAGGCGACUAGGGCUCUCGAGAAAAAGUAAGUGUAACAUAGAAUGUCUCUGCUCCUGCCCAGUCCUUCAUGGUCCUCACAGAACAAUAGGAACAGAGCUCAUAGCCCAGCCCUUUCGUUCAUCAUCAGUCCACAGAGCCAGCAGCCACAGAGCCUGCUUAUGACCAGCUAUGCUUCUGGACUGCAUAUGCUUCCUUCUAGACGUCAUAAAACCUCAGCAUAAUUUCUAAAUUCCAGAUUUUAAUUGUACAGAAAUGGUUCCAGAAGACAUUACAUAAUACAACACUUAGAAUGGCUACAAGAGUUCCUAAGAGUAAGUUGAGAUUGCCAAGCUUGGUGGCACAUGCCUUUAAUCCCAGGUUUUGAGGGACAGAGGAGGCAGAUCUGGUCCACAUAUUGAGUUCCAGGCCAGCCAGGGCUCUAUAGUGAGACCUUACUUCAGAGAGAAGAGGAGGACAUUUUAACACUGCGGUUUUCCUCUGAGACCUUAAUGUACUUACCAAACUAAUGCAACUUUGAAUGAUAAGGAUCCAGUUGUGCGGUGUUAGCGGACAGUAAAGACCGUGUUGCAGUUCUUGUGAGUCAGCACACAGCAAGGCAGUGCUUUUUGUUGGGCCUUUGUGGCUUCUUACAGGUUUCCAAACUGGAAAGGACAAUUCAUUUGGAUAUUUACCUUGCUAGAUCAAGCUAUAUCCUGACCGGAAAUGGCUACCUUGCCAAUGCUAAGGUAAGCCAAGUGCCUGCCUGGCUCUGCCCUGCCACCUGCAGAGAUGUUAUGUCAGCAGUCUGCAGGCAGCCUGGCACUCUGACCAGGAUUCCCCUGUAAUGAACAGGUCUGACGAACUCUCAGGAGGAGGAACCUUUGUAUCUGCCUAGAACAGACUAGAAAAGGCAGAGCAGUGGGUGGUUUCUAACCAGCAUCUCUGUAAAUACACCUUUGCAACUAAUGAAGGAGCUUCUUUGCCUCCUCUAGUCAGCAGUGACUAAUGACAUGGUAUGCUGAUGAGUCUGAUGGACUUUUAAGAACAAAGUACUUAGAUAGUUGUAGAAAUGAAGGAAAACUUGGUUACUUAGAAGCCUUUUGUAUACACAUUGCAGUGAGAUGGUUUACAGCAAAUUUUAUUUCUGAAAUGUUAUAAACAUGUAAUUAAUAAAAGGUUUUGUAAACAUUGUCCUAUAUUUGUAUGUUUGUAAAUAUUUGUGUAAGUUCUAAGUAUAAAUAUGUCAAUACUGUAUAUGUUAUUUUAAAUUGCCUGUAUGUCAUCUUAUAUGUGGACAUUAAAAUAAAAGCCAAUACUCCAGUAGCAUGUAAUAAACACUUUAAAAUGUUCCA